AUGGAUUUCGAGUUCUUUACCGUCAGUAAAAACGAAAUAUUACUGGUAUCCGACACGAUAUCGAAUAGUUUAGAAAAGUACCAACCCAAGAAGUUGGAGGGGAGUCCUCUUAUACCUACAAAGGAUGAUAAGUUAAGAAGAUUUCGCCGAUGCGACCUAAAGGAAAUAGUGCAGGAUAUCAAACGAGUAUUCCGAGGGAAAAAGGCAAGAGUGAUUAAACCAUUGCUGGAACAAUUAUACAAAAAAUAUAAGUCACCAGGGGGGAUCGACCUUGUCUACGGUAUACUUGCAAAAAUAUUUGCACAUAAACGAUAG